CAAGGAAGCAUGGCUUUUGGCUCAGGUGAUAUAGCAUAACAGCACCACAGUCAGAACUUGAGCAUCACCAAGAAUUCACUCGAUUGACUCAAUAGUACUGUUCCAUAUCAAAUUUUAUACUCGAAUCCUACCUAUCUCCUUGUAUCUAGAAGUUACAAUUGCAAAGCAAAGACGCAUCGUUCGACAUACAAGUGAUUGCCCCAAUUAUACACGUGACCAAGCCGCUAGCCCGCCAGAACAUUGAUACUCGAAAAACUUCAAGACAUUCCCUCAGACGCCCGCACGCGACGACUCUCUCGAAUUGAGCAUCCACCAGUUCAACCACAACAAUGGCCAUGUCUUGUCGGUACGCCGCCCAGAGCUGUGCUCGCCAGCUCCGAUCCGCUCGCACUGCCCGGGCACCCGCACAGCUUGUCCGCAUCCCGGCCACCUCGAGGAGAUGGAACUCAACCGAAGCCGCUCCCGUCAACCCCAAGAUCGAAGCCAUUGUCGACCAGAUUAGCCAGCUUACUCUUCUGGAGACUGCCGACCUUGUUUCCAGCCUCAAGAACAAGCUCAACAUUCCCGAUAUGCCCAUAGGCGGCUUUGCUGCUGCCCCUGCCGCUGCCCCCGCUGCUGUCGAGGAGGCUGAGGAGGCCGCUCCCGCCGCGGCCGAGAAGACCCUCUUCACCCUCAAGCUCCAAGGAUUCGAUGCCCCCUCCAAGGCCAAGGUCAUCAAGGAGGUCAAGAACAUGCUCGGCCUGAGCUUGGUGGACAGCAAGAAGUUCGUCGAGAGUGCGCCCAAGAUGAUGAAGGAGAACGUUCCCAAGGAAGAUGCCGAGAAGAUCAUCAACACCAUGAAGGAGUUGGGCGCCACCGUGGUUAUGGAGUAAGAUGGAUGAUCGAUCUAUGGGACAUGACGACUAGCGACUUGGCACGAUAGAUGGCUGGAUUGCAUGUAUAAAAAACAUAUGUACUAGUAUCUAACAAUACGCAACCUUGGACAAGACUCAUCGGUGAGUUCUUUCUAAUCAUGACAUCACAUUGAACAUCA